AUGAGGCAAAUUGAGGAAGCCGAGCAAGGAGUAUUGGUGUACCUCCGCGGCGACAAAGGGAAAGAGAAUAGCUUGGGGUUCAAGUUUCCUGCUAACUAUGAUAUCCAAAAACACGGAGGAGACAACAUCGGCUAUAACGAGUACGCCGUCGUGGCACAGAUACUCAAGGAUUUGGGGGUUAACACAAUCAAGCUGAUAUCAAACAAUGCUGCAAAUGACCAUAAGGGGCUUGAAGAGUAUGGCUUCUCCAUUGCUGAAACGGUGCCGUUGGUGACUCCAAUGGACAAGUACAACGAGAGUUACAUGGAAGCAAAACUGAAAAAGCUGGGACUCACUGUAGUUUGA